AGCCAGAGAUUCCGGCAUUACGUAUACGCCCAGUCUACGUCGAGUUGGCCACGUGUACGGACACGCGGCGCGGUUCGCUUCCUUCGGUGGCAGCAUAUUCGUUAACAACAAUUCAUUACCAAAAACUUCGUGACUUGGUGUUAAAAAAAAUACACACAAUAAAGGAUUUUGAAAUGUUAAAAACUUAAUUUUCCUAAAUAUUUCAAAAAACUUUUUUUUUAUUGGUUUUUUUUGUACAAGUGCAAGUGUAAGUGUAUGGUGAAAAGUGUGCCGGCUUCAAAAUGCGCGCCAAAAAUUGAGCGGUAACAAAAACAAAUAAAGACAACAUUUUCAAAUCAAUCGAAGGAGACAACAUAAAUAAAUAAUCUAAAUAUUUAUGUGGAGAUCUAAGGACUAGCAAUUUUUAAAGUCAAUGGCUUAUGCUUAACAAACGCUCUGUUCAUCGUCUGGAUUUUUGCGUUACGUGUGAAGCACUCUUACUGCGAAAAUAGAGAAAGAGAGGGCGCGAGCGGGCUAGAGAGGGACGGAGACAAUAAGACUGAAGCUGGCAAUCCUCAAGCAAAAUGCGAAGAAGAAGAAGCACUGGCAGCGCACAACAACCACAGCCGCGGCCACACAAGCAGCAACAGCAACAAAAUCAAAGGUUAAUCCACGACCCACGCUGUUCGCUGCUAAUGUUGCUAAUUGUUGGCCAAGCAGUUUACGCUUCUGCGGGCAGUGAGUUAAUCGAAAAUCGCUCGACGUCAACCAAAGAAUCGCUGACAGCGCCGCCCGGCGACCGCCCAUCGAACUUCUCCCGUGCCACGCCCUUUCGGGAGGAGGAUGUGGCCGAGGGGGAGGGGGAGGCCGACUGGGAGGAGCGGCAUGCGCUGACCAUUUCCCGACCGCCGAGGGCGGGCCGCAGCGAGCGGCAGGCGGAGGCGGACCAGGUGGACCGCUGCCGGCUGUUCGUCGAGGGCGAUCCCACCAAGAACGAGCUGUACAGCCCCGAGUAUCCCAACCUCUAUCCGAAGAACAUCAACUGCACGCGGGUGAUAACAGCGCCAAAGGGACAAAUCAUACGCCUGGACUUUCGCAACUCGUUUAAUAUCGAGGCCAAGGAGGAGUGCAAAUUUGAUUUUCUCGAAAUACGGGAUGGCCAGUACGGCUUCUCCACGCUGAUCGGUAAAUUCUGCGGCACCGACUUUCCGCCGGAGAUCACCUCCAAGGAGCGGUACCUGUGGCUGCAUUUCCACUCCGACGAGACCAUCGAGUACACGGGCUUCAGUGCGGUCUACGAGUAUAUGGACAGGAAUCGGGAUGCGCCCAGCACCGAUCUCAACUGCACCAUCGACAAGGACGGCUACGAGGGAUUCAUCAACUCCACGGACGUGCCCGCGGAGAUCCGGGAGCAGGUCAUCCGCAACAAGAUUGCCUUGGACUGCAUCUGGCGCAUUCAGGUCAAGGAUAACUGGAAGAUAUUUCUUAAAUUUCUGGACUUUAAGCUGAGCAAGCCGAACGAUUGCGAGACCAACUUCCUGGAUAUAUUCCCCGAGCAGACGGUGAUGCCAUUGAGAGUUAAGAACUUUUGCGGUUCGGCUGGCGAGAGUAUUACGGCGGAGUCAAACAUUUUGCACUUGCGCUUUUACGCAGAUCAAAUCGCGAUUAACUCGACAUUCAGCAUUCUGUACACGGCUUUCCGAGACCGAGGAGCUGCCUGCAGCGAGGAUGAGUACGAUUGCGAGGACGCGACCUGCAUAUCAAAGGAUUUGAAAUGUAAUGACAAAGACAAUUGUAAAUUUCGAUGGGACGAGGAGGGCUGUACGGGCGAGGCGGCCGGCCAAUCGGAGCAUGUGGUCAUCAUCGUGAUUGUGUUCGGCCUGAUACUCGGCGGAAUGGUCAUUACGUUCAUCGUCAAUUGCAUACGCAAGAUAAUACGUGAUCAGAAGAUAAUACGCGAGCACAUCAGGGAGUCGAAGGAGAGCAAGCUGGACGAGAUGGGCCACAACUCUAAAGGUCGUUCGAGGGAGAACAUAUCCAGGCAAAAGCACUCGCAGACAUCGCUGCAGAUCCUGGACGACGUCUCGAACCGAUACUACCGCGAGGCGGUCCCAUUGUCCUCGCAGUCGAGCAAGGCGGACUUCAAGGAGAAGGAGCACAGCAUCCUGCGCCGGCACGCGGACAUGACCCAAACCAGUCUCUGCGGCGUCGGCGAGGAUGACGGCGAAUCCAGCUCCACGACCACGGCCACCCACGAGCUGAUGACAAAGGCGGCCAUGUCGACGGUGCCCUCUAAUGCCUGCGACAUGGGCUGUCAGACGAGGGAAUCGCUGUUCGUCAACAGUCCCGGGAUUGGACCGUCGGCGAGUGCUGGUGUUGGUGUUGCCGUUGGCAUUGGUUAUGCUGCUGCUCCCGGCGGCGGUGUCGCCACGCUAAUGAGACAAAAGUCCAGCUCCUCCUCGCUGGGCGGCAACAGUGGCAACGGAGGCGGGGCCAUGAUGAUGCCUCCGCCGCCGCCGCGCUUCUUUUCCACCUUUGGCUAUGAGCCAUCGGGAUCGCCGGCGGUGGCAACGCUGACGAGGCGCAGCAUGCACCAGCAGCAGCAGCAACACCAGCAACAUCAGCAACAUCAGCAGCAGCAACAUCACCAGCUGCCGCGCCAGGAGUCCAUGGAGAUGGAGGAGCGACACAGCGGCCGCUCGCACUACGGCGGACUGAUAGUGGCAUCGACGGCCAAGCCGCCGCAGGAGAAUUGCCACCAUCAUCACCAGCACCAACAGCAGCCGCAGCAGCAUGCACAGCAGCAACAUGCACAGCAGCAACACGCCCAGCAGCAACAGCAGCAGCAGCGCCUGCAUCAUGCACAUCCCCAUCCGCCGAGUAUUGCUGCCCGGCUGCCCACGAUGAAGGGGCACGGGGCCAUGGGACAGACAACGAUCCUGCCCGGCGGCAACAAGCAGCAGCAGCAGCAACAGCAUCUGCAGCAGCAACAUCAGCAGAAGAACGAGGAGUCCAAAGUGUUCAUCGACAUACGGAAUUCAGCACCAGACGUGAUUAUCAUGACGUCCCAUUGACAUUUAGGGAUGGCCCGCCAAUCAGCAACAACAACGGUAGAGAACAAGAGCAACAGCAACAGCAAAAGCAACAAUAUGAGCAACAACAGGAGCAACACCAUGAGCAACAGCAACAUCGGCGGAAGGAGGACGCGUUACAGCAACUGGACAUCGGCCAACAUAUUAACCGCAGCCGCAGCGUCGCUGAUGACACAACAAGGACACGAAGAAGGCGUCGCGUUGCAAUCAGCCAGGGGGGUGGUGGUGUUGGUGUUCUUUUUUUCACAGACCCACUUUGCCACUCCCACUUCGCCGCCCACAUCCGGUUUGCAUUCCGUUGCACUCGUUUCGCGCUUCCUUUUUUCUUCCUUUUUAAAGUGAGGUGAGUGCGGUCUUUUAAAUUGCCGCAGUUAAGAGUUUCUGCAUUGAAAACUCCUAACAUUUUCUGUAACCAUUUAUUUUUUUAAGAUUUUAAAACGAUUCUAUAUAAUUGGCUAUUUGUGGGAACUAGCUUUGAAUAUUAUGAGGUGCCAUCAGUUUGUAUAUACAGUUGCGUUAAAAAUAAUAAUGGUUUUUAAAUUCAACUCCAAUCAUCAAUAAUUCACUGAAAUAUUUUUAUCUCAUUGGCUUUAUGAAUAAAUUCGAAAGUGUAUAUAGUUUAUAUUUAUAAAUUUGUUUACCAAUUAACUAAGAGUUUGAUCAGUACUUGUUAAGUAAUAAAAUGAACACAAAUUAUUUACGUAGCUUAAAUAUAUAAGAUAGUUAAAAAAAAUUUAAUAAAAAACUCAUUAAAAUCACCAUUUUUAUAUAUGUUUUUUGAGCUCAGCUCUUUUGUAUUUCUAAUGGAUUGAUAGAAAAUCGGAUUAUUUUUAUUAAAUAUUAUAUGUUACAAUUCUAUUUAAAACUACUCUUAAUUUUAUCUCCUAAAUUCUAUUAUAUUUUUGGUAGAAUACAAAAUUAUUAUUAUUAUCUUUAACGCAACUGUAUGUGUAAAUACAAAGGAAAAUAUAUCACUUGAAAGCACAAUAUAUGAGACAAUGGUUUAGCUAAUUGAAUUUAGAAAGUUUUCCUAAACAGAAAGUUAUGUAAGAUUUACUUCCCAAUUCCCGCACCUCAUAUGUGCUAUGCCACACCCAAAUCGGUCUUAACAAAUUUAAGCGAGGGCCAAUUGAAGGUCUUUAAGACGAACUAAGAGCCACUAAUAGCCCGGCUGCCACUGGGGCUGACUGGGCGAGACAAAUGGAAGAUGUGUCGGUCCGUUGCCUCGGCCAGCCCCUUUGCGAUAGCCAGUCGGGGAAAUGGAAUGGCGGAACGGAGGGUCCUGGGAAAGGAUAACCCGGAGAGCUGUUCCAUUUGUUGUAGCCGGCGGACCGCAAUUGCUGGCGACAUUUGCCGGACAUUCUACGGCUGCGACAGCGGCAUUUUCAGCUCGAAAACAAUGCGAGCGCAGGACACAGAUGCGGAUGUGGAUGCGGAUGUGGAUGCGGAUACAAAUACGGGGCAGUGGGCAGUGGGCAUGUGCAGACAGUAAGCAGACCGCUGACAACGUCGCGUAUGAGCAACAUGUCCCAGAACAUUGUUAUCGGACUCACACUCCUCCCACCAGCCCACCUUUCCAUUUCCCACUUUCCCCCAGCAUGUUUGCUGCUUGGAAAAAUGCUCGACAGGAACUUCUUCAUUUACAUGCAUUGCGGACAUGGUCACGUGGUCCAUUUCACGACGAUGUCGCGACCAGAGUCCAUCCAUCACGGGCACGUGCUCCAAGCUCCAUUUCGGGCUGGGGCUUGGGUUUGUGUUGUGGGUUUGUAGGGGAUCUGCUUUCGGAUCCGCAACUCCCGACAAGCAAUUUGAGUGAAAAUAGUUUUUUAAGUGAUUUCGGAGUAUUUCACUUUGCUAGAUUAAAAAAGGGCCAAGUCAAGUCCUCUUUUUUAACCCAUUAAUUGCCCGGCAGCCAAACAUUCAACGAAAAAAAAUAUUUUCCUAUGUCGCUUGCCCUAUAAAAUCUUUAUAUUACAACACGAAAUAAAAUUAAUAAUGGGACAUAUUGUUAAAAAAAACUUCAAAUAUUUGACAUUUUAAAAUUAUAUUAAUUCUAAUUCCAACGGAUUAGUUUUAUUCUACAGUUCAUAAAACUGUCAACUGUCAAAACUGUCGGUUAUGUACGAAGUAAGAACGAAUUUACAAACCUUUUAGGCCAUGAUAAUUUGCUGAGUAAAUUGUCUCUAGAAUAGAUUAUUAAUAUUUUAUUUUUUUCUGUGUUCAAACGGAAUAUCAAUAGACACAGCAAAUUGAAUAGAAGCCAUUUUAAAAAGAUAACAUUUAAACUGUCGUUGAUUUUCAUGCAGUAUGCUGUGGGUUAACCAAGGACCUCGGCAAUCUUUUCAGUUCAUCGGACAUCUAAAUCCCUUUCAAUUAGAUAAAUUAGCUGGCCACAGAUUUCUCCGCACCUGUAAAAAGUUUCCCCACUCACCAGCGGACAGAUCCGGAAUCCAGAGUCUGGAAUCUGGAAUCCGUCGGUUCGCAAUUAGCGUGGUUACCGUAAUGCGGUUGGAUUUGGGUUGUGGUUGGCCGGGAUCAUCCUGGCGGUUUGAGUGGUUUGAGUGGUUCCGAUGGUGUAAAUAUUGUCGCAGCUGGCCAAAAAAGGUGGGGAGUGGCUGCUGAAAAAAUAAAGAUGACAAUGACAAUGAACGAGGGAGGGGGUGGAAAAUCCAUUUGAUUGAUUGAAUUUAAAGACCAGCGACAGCAUCGCGGCAAAACGGGGAAAAUUACAAGACCGAUGUCUGAUAAUGAUAAUGGUGAUGAUGAUGGUGCAGUGUUGCAGCUUUUAUUUUUCUACCCUAGUGAAAACUCAAAUCAUUAGAGUGAUUAAAGGUCGAGCAGACAUGACACGAGUUCCUUUGACUUGAUUCGGAGACCCUCGUCAUCUUGAGCCCUCAAAUCAGUCAUUGAAAAUUCGUGAACUCUUAAAUCUUCAAUGAAUAAAAAAUCUACAAAAAAUAGAAAGCCAACAAAAUGAUUUUAGCCUAUUGUACAUUUUGUUCGCUAGAAAAAUGUACACUUCUAUUUCUUGUUUACCAGUUCACACCUCAAUUUUGCAUAUUAUUACCCUUAUCAUCUUGAGCUCUAAAGUCAGUCAUGGAAACAACUAAAAGUAAGGACUGACCCAAAAUAUUUCGUGAAAUAUUAAACACAAGUUUAACGCUAACAAAGUGAAUUCAACGGAUUGUAAAUUUUGUAUAAGACACACUGCGAAUAUCAACUUUCCAAACUCUCGCCUCUAUUAUGCAUAACAUUUAUUUUGAAAAGCCGUGGCUUUACUCGAAACCAACUCUCAUCACAUUGUGCUUGAAAAAAUGUCAUGAAAAAAUGCACAGUCUCUUAUAUCCUGAAGAAAUCCAAUAAAAAAUGAAAUUAAAAAUGAAUUUAAUCAAUUAUAAAUUUUGUUCUAGGAAAAUAUUCAAUACUCUAAUUUGUUAACCUCUUUAAAAAUAUGUUAAGAACCAGUGAAUACCUGUUCCAAUUAUAGAAAAAAUUCAUAGUUCUCUUAACUAAAUAAUUUCUUGACAACUUUAUUUAAGGGCACGGAAAUGUGUUCCGUUUGUACAUAAAACUACGAAAAUGUAAGAUUGUUUUUAGGCUUAAACGUGAACUAUUUUUAAUUGUUAAAUGAUUUUUUUGGCUUUGUUACAACCCUGAGAAACAUAGAAAACUUUUUCUAGCUAAAAUUUAAGAUGAAAUUUAGCGAUUUUACUAAAAGCAGCAUAAAGAAACUAUACUAAUGGAAAAAACUAAAACAAAAGAACAAAAAAAAUGGAAAUCGAUGUGUACUAUAAGUCAUCUAUGCCUAGGAUUAAGUUAAAUGUACGAUAAUUUUUUUUUUUAUAAAAACAUAUACAUAAAUACUGAAAGUAUCAAAAUGAACUACAGAGAAACCCAACAAAAAAUAUUUCAAAACUUGUCUUUUUUUUCAAAAUGACUGCAAGCAUUGUAGUUGUAAAUUGUCGAGCGACAAAAAAAUGUUUACACAAAACGAGCAUUAAAUAAAUACUUAAAUAAAUGCUUCGAAAUGUAUGGAUUUAAAUGAAUAUGGCGAAGUAGAUAAGAGAGCGGAAUUGUGUGUGAGGAUUUGUGAGUGUUUGACUGCGUGUAAAAUAAGCCCCAAAGCGAUUGAAUAAAAAUUAAUUUUUGUGGAAACGUGAA